UCCGGGGUGGACGCUGGUAUUGCCGGUAUAUGACAGUAUAUGAGUGAAGUGGUGGUACAAAUAGCAUGCUUCUCUGAAACGAUACUGAUAGAAUAACAUGUCGUCCAGUUUUCAAGAAAACCAUAUAAUUACAACCCGUUUUUUGGAAACGGAAAUCUGAAAAGUGGGUGACGUGUGCUUGGGGCGUACCGUGUCUCAGCCAGCGCAAGUACGUAAUUGAAGUUGUUGCAGCUACAUGGAACUUGUGAGGUCGCACCGGCCAUCGCUGACCAUGAACGCCAGUCGGCUGGAGGCGGUGCGCGCCUCGCUUCAGGGUCGCGGCGUCACGGCCGUCUCCGAUGACUGGCUCGCUGACUGCAUCCAGUUCGUGUCCGAGUCGUGCGGCGACCAGCGCCUGACGCCGGAGCAGCUGCAGGCGCACGUACUGCAGCAGUGGCUGGACACGGACCUGGCGCAGAUAGGGGUGGCCGCCCUGCCGCCGCAGCUGGCUGAUGGGCCGCUCGUCACGCUGCGCGCGCCCUGCGCCGUGCAGCUGCUGAGCGCCGUGGACGUGGGUCAGCCGGCGCACGGUCAGCUGCUGCGGCUGCGGCGGCUCGACAGCGCCAACACGGAUGUGACGUGCGAGCCGCGCGCCGGCUGGGAGCCGCGGCCGAGCCGCGUGCUUCGGCUGACGCUGACCGACGGCGUGCAGACGGUCACGGGCCUGGAGACGGCGCCGAUACCGCAGCUACGCGCCGACACACCGGCCGGCCUGAAGCUGCUGCUGCACGGCCCGCUGGAGAGCCGCCGCGGCGUGCUGCUGCUCGCCGGCGACGCGGUGACCGUGCUCGGCGGCUGUGUGGACGAGCUGCGACUGCCCGAUGCCGAGCAGGCGGCGCUGCUGGCCGCCGCCGCCGCCGACCCGUUUGACGACGACAUCGACGAGACCGAGCUAGCCACCAUCGUCGACGUUGACGUUGACAUGCCGCUGGACGACGUGGACGAGGCGGUGCUUGCCGCCAUCGACCCGGCCGACUUUGACGAUCCGCUGGCACCCGGGAAGCGGCGGCGGACAGACGGUGGCCGCUGGCGGCUCGAAGUCAUCAUCAACGACGGUACGGGCUCGCUGCGCGCGGUGCUGACGGACGCGCCGCUGCGUGCCCAGAUUCGGCUCUCGGCGGCCGAGGCGGAGCAGCUACGCUCCGCCGGACGCCGCGACGAAGGCGCGCGGACGCGUCUGAGGCGCGCGCUGAACGCCUCCCAGAGGGCGCUCAUCGGUCUCUGCUGCCUGAUGCGGCUGGAGGCGGCAGACGCGCCGGAGCCGGCCCAAGUCACGGCCCUCACCGAGGUUAGCGUCGACACGCUGCACGCGCUCCGGGCCUGCAUGGAUGGGAAUUGA